AUGUACGGCAACACUAAACCAUUCCUAUCUAUCACAUCCGCCCACCUGUUGUCUGGACUCUUCGCCUUUAUCUAUGUCGGUUCCAUUUAUGCUUUCAAGAAUGCUCGUCUUCGCUUCUCCAAGAGGAAGGUCAACCUUCCAGAAGGGCAAGCUAGGCUCAAAUUGCAAAAUGAACGUUGGAGAGAUGAUCCGGAUGUUAUCAAGGCGCGACUACUUGCCGUUACCAGCGCCACUUUGAUAUGCUGUCUCAUCGUAUUCGUCGUGAUGAAGAAUUUAAACCGCGAUGAUGAAUUUGUAGGUCAUCAAGUUGCCUCAAUGGGGAAUCAUAACCUUACCACAGAUGCGUGGCUUCACCUUGGAUUCACAUGGUCCAACGCACUUCCCCUCUUGAUAACCCCAUUGUUAUUUUCUGGGCCGCUCUACGUUCAAUUUCUCGAAAAGACACUACCAUUCCAAAAGGGCUGGAAUUUUGAAGAUGAUGUCCUGUUUCGAUUUUUCUCGAUCGUCGGUCUUCGAAAUUAUUUUGUUGCUCCGAUCACCGAAGAAAUCGUGUUUCGCGCUUGUGUUCUCACCGUCUAUCAUUUGACAGACGCCUCCAGGACGAAAAUGAUUUUUCUCAGUCCUUUGGUCUUUGGCACAGCACACAUUCAUCACGCCUUUGAAACAUACCACAGAUAUGGCCGUACGGCCACUGCGGCAAAACGUGCACUUAUAUCUACUACCAUACAAUUUACAUACACGAGCAUCUUCGGAUUUUACUGCUGCUAUUUGUUUCUUCGCUCCGGAUCAUUGCUCCCGCCCAUUGCAGCUCAUAUGUUCUGCAACAUUAUGGGUAUACCCCAACCAAACUAUGAAAUAAGUCUGAUGCCUCAUCGAAAGCUAUCCAUUUCAGCCGCGUAUCUUUUCGGUAUUAUCGGCUUCGUUUUCAUGCUCAAGCCUUGGUCGUACACGGAUGGCAGCUUAUACUGGCAGCGAAACUAG